AGCUUUUCACGGAUAAAGAAAUCCCUCUUCUGUAUGAAAAAGUGAGGCAUGAAAUAGCUAAAUCGUUGAGCAAUGCCAAAAGAGUUGCUAUUACAGUUGAUGGUUGGACGUCUCGCGCCACUGACUCCUAUGUCACCGUAACGGCACAUUACAUCGAUGAAGAGUGGGUUUUACAAAACCACGUCCUUCAAACCAGACCGUUCAACGAGGCUCACACAGGGAAUAAUCUGGGACUUUUACUGAAGGACGUUUGUUGCACAUGGAACAUCGCAGACAAGAACCCAGCGUUGGUCACGGACAACGCAAAAAAUAUGUUACUGGCUGGAGUUCGUGCAGAGAUAAACCCCCAUGUGCGAUGCAUCGCGCACACGCUCAAUCUGGCCUCACAAAAAUCCCUGAAGGUGGACAGGGUGUCAGAGCUUCUGGUGAAAGUGAGGAAGAUUACAACUUUUUUUCACAGAAGCCCACAAGCAACUGAGGUUCUACGUGAAAUGCAGGCCCAGUUACACAUGCCAAAUCACAAGCUCAUCCAUGAUGUUCCCACAAGAUGGAACAGUUCACUUGACAUGUUGGAGCGUUUUUGGGAGCAGCAGCCUGCUGUGUUGAACACUCUUCUGUCAAGGAAGAUAAAGAGGGGAGAAGGAUUAGCCAGCCUGACAGAGGAAGACAUGACACUGAUCCCAGAGGUCAUCAAAUUGAUGUCCCCUCUGAAAGUGGCAACAACACUCCUCAGUGAGGAAAAACACCCCACUAUCUCAAUGAUCUCCCCAAUACAGGCCAAACUUCAGAAGCAUUUCCAGCCAAAUGAGAGCGAUCUGCUGGAAAUUUCUGUGAUGAAGGAGCGAUUCCGACAGGAUUUUGAUGGUCGCUACACGUAUCUCCAAGACCUCCUCUACUAUGCUGCAGUGCUCGAUCCACGGUUCAAAGACCUGGCUUUCUUGGAAGACCACGGCACCAAGGACAUGGUAUUCACGAAGCUAACAGCAGAGGUGGUGAUGAUGGAGGAAGAGGCAAGUGACAGUGGCACACUCAAUGAGGGCCAGGCAGGUGACAGUGGCACACUGACUGAGGGCCAGGCAGAGGUUGACAGAAGCCCAGAGGAAGAGAGAGAUGAUGUCCCCCCCAAGAAGACAGCCUUGAACCAGAUGUUUGGGGAUUUCCUCACUGCGAGAGCACCAAUGAAGACCACAAGGGAGAGGGCUAGGGCAGAAAUCUUAAAGUACAGAGAGAGGGAUUCUUUAGCUUUGAGUGGUGAUGUGUUGCAGUGGUGGAAAAAACAAGUGGAUCUUCCACUGCUUUCAGCCUUGGCAAAGAGCUACCUGUGCAUCCCAGCAACGAGUGUACCCUCUGAAAGAGUGUUUAGCACGGCUGGGGACAUAGUUACAGCAAAGCGCAGUUUGCUUCAUCCUGAUCAUGUGGAUCAACUCAUAUUCCUUAAGAAAAACCUGAAAAUAGGACAAAUUAGUUAAAUUUAGUGUGUGAGGCAGUUGAUCCACAUGUUUAGGAUGAAGCAAACUGUGUUGUGACUGUCAGGUAUAGUGAAAAAAUGUUACAUUCAGAACACACUUAUGCACAUACACACACAUACACAUACACAUCACACAUACA